UUUAGCAGCUGUAUUUCCUGCUCACUGUUUCCACUCGAAGCGAUGGCAGAAGUGAAAGCUUCCCUGUUUUAUGGAGUGAUAGCGGCCUUCCUCAGUUCAGCGGUGUUUGCAUUUGUUGAGGAUCUAGAUGACACAUUCAAAGACACCAGAGUGAGCGAUGUCUGGCUGGUGGAUUUCUAUGCACCGUGGUGUGGGUACUGUAAAAAACUGGAGCCGGUAUGGUAUGACGUGGGAGCUGAGCUGAAGAGCUCCGGGUCGCCGGUCCGCGUGGGAAAGAUGGACGCUACCGCUUACUCUGGAAUGGCAUCAGAGUUCGGUGUCCGUGGUUACCCCACAAUAAAACUGUUAAAGGGGGAUCUUGCCUACAAUUACAAAGGACCAAGGACAAAAGAUGACAUCGUGGAGUUCGCCAACAGGGUGGCGGGACCGGCCGUGCGGGCGCUUCCCAGCAGGCAGAUGUUUGAGCACAUGAUGAAGAGACACGAUGUGCUUUUCGUGUAUGUUGGUGGGGAAUCUCCCCUCAAAGAGAAGUACAACGACGUAGCCUCUGAGCUAAUCGUCUACACUUACUUCUUCUCAGCGUCAGAGGACGUCUUUCCAGAGUCUGUCACUUUGCCAGAGGUCCCUGCAGUCGUGGUCUUCAAGGACGGAGCCUACUUCAGCUACGAUGAGUACGAAGACGCCAGUUUGUCAUCGUGGGUGAACAAGGAGCGCUUCCAAGGAUACCUGCAGAUAGAUGGAUUUACACUCUACGAGCUCGGAGAAACAGGCAAAUUGGUGGCGAUUGGAGUCAUCGAUGAGAAGGACCCCACAGAGGAGAGUGGCAGAUUAAAGACCCUGAUUCAGAGGGUGGCCAAGGAAUACAGAGAACAUUUUAACAGAGACUUCCAGUUUGGCCACAUGGACGGGAACGACUACAUUAACAGCCUCAUUAUGGGCGAGGUGACGGUGCCCUCCGUUAUCAUCCUAAACACUUCCAACGAGCAGUACUUCCUUCCCGGCGAGCCAAUCGAGACCAUGGAGCAGCUGGUCCAAUUCAUCAACAGCGUUUUGAACGGUUCUGCACAGGCAUACGGAGGAGAUGGCAUCAUCCAGAGGAUCAAACGUGUGGCCUUUGAUGCUCGAUCCACCAUUAUGUCAGUGUUUCGCAGCUCUCCACUGCUCGGCUGCUUCCUCUUCGGCCUACCGCUGGGUGUAAUUAGCCUGAUGUGCUAUGGCAUCUGCACAGCCGAGUCGGAUGACGGGCCAGAUGACAUUGACGCGCUCAAGAGGGAGGGCCUGACGGACGAGGAGGAGGAAGAGGAGGAGGAGGAAGAGGAGGAGGAGGAGAGGCAACGCGCCGCUGAGCUGGAGGGCCCCGACGAGGAAGACGACGGCGGGGAGAAGGAUCCCGAGGAGAAGAAAACCGAUUAACACAGGGGGCUCCCCGCCGGAUACAGGAUGAUAGGCCUCGUCGAAUUCAGUGACAUGAAACUCGAAGACAUAUCAAUGUAUUACAGUUCUGCUUCUUUGUCUUUCAUAUCACUUCCCCUUAACGCCCCUCUAGCACAGACGACACACCCCCCCCCCCUUUGAGUUUUGUGUGUCAGUUUAUAAGGUCAGCUGCUUAGCAGAGCCAUCGAAUCACUUUUCAAAGACGAGAAGGGAUGGCUGUGAACCAAAAAUACAACUUAUUUAUUAUGAUUGGACAAACUAGUGGUUUUCUCCAUGUGAUAUGUUACCUUUUCUUUGUUUUGUUGUUUUUGUAACCACCUCAAUGCCCUUAUUAUCUUUGUUUUUUUGGUCAUAUUCCACAUUUUCUUUCAUUUACUGUUCAAUAUGAUAGCCUAGAAUAUUAGAAGCUGUAGAUAGUAGAUAUAUCUUGCCUUCAAACUGAAUUCAACUUAAAUACAGAGACAUUUUGUCCCCCAUCCCCCCCCACCUCAAAGUGUGUGUAGGCUUAUCACAUAAAGCGAUUGGCGUUUAGAAAGCAAAGGAAGUGCCCAAGAAGGAAACUCUGCCAUAAGUGAAUCGUGCUUUUUCUAUUGUAUGUUAUUGCCUGAAAUGAGUUCUUCUUCUAAGGAAUGCAAAGUGCCGAGCAUUUCAUGUUAUGUCUCAUCCCAGCCACCUGUAAGCUGUUACUGUCCAUUCAUAAACAGAGCUGAUGGAGAACAGCUGGAAUGGUAAUUGGUUUCAGUCUGUCUGAUGCUGAAAUAUGGCAAAUGCACCUUUUUUUUUUCUUUUUUUUUUCGUACUUGUUUCAAACCCAGCCUGCUCAAAAUUCCCAGUGUAGACGGGUUGUACCUGUGCAGCAGACACCCAUAACAUGCACCAGUAGUUCCUGCAGCUUUUAACAAGACGUAUUCUUCAGAUGGACUGGCUCUGUCUGCUUCCAUAUUACAAUCUGUUCCCCGUCACUGGUUGCUAUUAUUGAAUUCAGUAGGCAGGUUGAAGUUUACAUCCAAAUGCACUGAAAAGUACAGCGAGGGUUUAAAAUAUAAGGACCAUCUUCCUACUACUAAGUCCCCUCCUCUUUUUUUUUUUCUUGGUAUAAAAGAACUGAGAAACUGUAGUGGAGGUUAUUUUCAGCUUUCUCGAGGCAAAUCCAUCUGAUGGCUGAUAUCAAGUAGGGGGUUAUGGCUUCCUCCAGGGCAAAGGUUGGCCACUUCACUUUAUGACAAGAGCAAGUGUUCCUGGAGUCUGCUGCACUCAGUGUAAUGCCGUUUUUUAUGAAAAACACACAGUGGAGUGCACCUUGUUGGAUUUAGGGUCUGAUGGUGCCUUUUACUCAGCGGGGCAUUUCAGAGCAACCUGAGAGCUUGUGACAUCAUCUUGAGAGUUAGGAGAACAUGUGUCCUUAAGGAAGGCAAUAAAAAUGACAGAAAACCUGCUUAAUGAACACAAAAUCUCAGGCUUUGACUUAAUGGUGUUUCCAUGGCGUUAGGUCAUUUCAACCCUUCUCUCAUGUGUUGCCUGGAACUACAAUCCAUUUUAAAACUCUUAUGAAACCAGUGAGAAGAGCUGCGGAGCCCCUGAAGUCUUAAAAAGUAAUAUCUUAUGCACACAAAUUAUGAGAUAAUUAUCUUGUGCCCACUAGUUAUUAUGUUGUGUGCACAAGCUACCAUCUAACUUGUGCAAACAAUGUGUUAAUAUCUUGUUUGCAAUAUCUAAUUGACUCGCAUGAAAAUAAAAAACAUUUGCAUUCAGUAAAAAUAUUUUCAAAUUACAUAAAGUCAAAAACUGAUGAUGUAAUUAGUGUGUUCACUUUCCUGCUUGGAGAAGACAAUUUAAACUACUUCAAUGUCUGACACACAUACAUGAAGCUACAGGUAGCAGCUAUUUAGCUUAACUUAAAACAAACAAUUCAGGGCGAUGGCUAGCCUUGUUUAGUCACAUGAUGAUGAAAUCCACCAGCAGACACUUUAAAAGUUACUAAUAAAAUCUUUAAAGCUACAUCUUAAAAGUAUAACUUCACUUUGUGUGAGUCUUCUUUAGUUGCCUUAACACUAAUAAUUUAACAGACAAUAAAAAAAGUUGUUAGCUAUAAGGUAGCUAACAAGCUUAGGAAAGAGGCAUUCUAGCUUUGGUGUUUAUGCUAAGCUAAGCUAAUCAGCUGCUGGCUCUAGUUUUAUAGCCAUUCAGAUGAUAUAUUUGUGUUUCAGUCUUCUCUUCCAGUUCUAAGCAGGACAGGAAAUCAUUUGUGUUUUUACAUUACUCACCAGAAACAUUCAUGCAUUCAAAGGCCGACGUGACGCUCAGAGCUGCAAAGUAAUUAUAAGUUUGAAAUGAGCAAUGUAGGCAUCUGUAACGGGCUUUCUCUCGGGGGGGGGGGGGGGGCUUUUAACACGCUGUAAUGAACGAGCAUUAAGUUCAUGCUUGACCUCGGGAACAGAAGUGUAACACGUUCAUCUUAACGCUCCACUCUUGUAGAUCCACGUCCUGAUUUAUUUCACACAUUUGGUAAAGUUUCACAGACUCGUUGACAACACAGCAGACCGUUAAGAUUCUAAGAGUGGGCCUUACCUUCAAAAAGGGUAAUGAAUGUUUGGAGCAGUUUCUGCGAGUAUCCCCUUUGUGUAACUUUGUGUUUGAUAGCUGAGGAAUAAGACGGCUCCAGGAUUUGAUAUAAAUGUGUCAUCGCUCUUUUCAUUGUGCUUUUGCAGCUCAGUUAAUCUGGUACCUUGGUCGACUUAGGCGCCUCGACCUAAGCACACUAGUUGUUUUGAAUACGCAGAGUUUUUCUGUGUUGUUACUGUGAAACUGCACUUACGGAAACCAUGCCCUCACCUUGCCUUCUGGUCUUUGUAGUUGCCUACCAUUCUCUGCCAAACUUCCUUAUUGGGGUUGAAUUGAGACUGUCACACUUUAUAACAGGAUUGAAAGAUUGAAAUAAAGAUUGUCCUCUUUUUUU